CCUAAUAUAUUUAAAAGAAAAGAAAAAACAAUAAUCGUCAUUCAAACAACUCCAUCAUAGACUUUACAACAACUUGUGAGAGUGCUUAUAUAAAUCAUAAUAUUGGUCGUCCUGUUAGAUGUUUCGAGGAAUGGAGAAAGGGAGGAUAAACCUGACUACUGAUUACAUUUAAUACUCUUUCCUCUUUGUCACUUGUCGUAAUCGUCGACGAGGAGGUCUAGUGUAUAGAAGCAGCAGCAGCAGCGGACCCAAAUGGGAAUUUGGACUGACUGCUCGUUUUCUGUGGUAGAAAAUCAUUGCCGCCGAUCAUCGGCACUUCACUGUCCAUCAAUCAGACCACGACUUCUUGACUUUCAACAUCCUCCUCUCUUCCACAAGGACAAAUCCACACAUGAUUAAAGCUAAAAAGCAACCCGUAUUAGCCCCAAAUUCCACAAAGGCAGGCAGGCAGGCUAUAGAUAAUCAUCCUCAUUAAGGAAAGAAAGCUCCAUCUCAUCCAUGGCUGCUGCGGCGUCUUCUCCAGCUGCUAUCAUGGGAUUUCUACUUCUGGCAGCACUUACCCUUUUCUCCACCGCCAAUUCCCAAAACCCACAAACCAGCAGCUUCACCUACAAUGGGUUCCGGCAAGCCAACCUGAUAGUCGACAACCAGUCCAAAAUCCUCCCCGACGGCUUGCUCCAGCUCACCAACUACACCCAGCUCGUCACCGGCCACGCUUUCCACCACCAGCCCUUCAUAUUCGACCCCAAUUCCUCCGUCCCGUCCGAAUCGCUCUCCUUCUCCACCACCUUCGUCUUCGCCAUGGUCCCCGAAUCGGCCAACACGGGCGGCCACGGCAUCGCCUUCACCAUCUCCCCCACCACCGAUUUCAGCCAGGCCGUCGCCAGCCAGCACCUGGGCCUCUUCAACACCACCAACAUGGGCAACGCUUCCAACCACGUCGUCGCCGUCGAGCUCGACGCGAUGCGCAGCCCCGAGUUCCAGGACAUCGACGACAACCACGUCGGCCUCGACCUCAACACCCUCAUCUCCGCCGCCUCCGCUCCCGUCUCCUACGUCUCCGACUCCGACGGCGUCAAUCGAACCCUCCGCCUGCUCUCCGCCGACCGGAUGCAGAUCUGGAUUCAAUACGACGACGGACAGAAGAGGAUGAACAUCACCGUCGCUCCGUUCCUGACCCCCAAACCUAGACGCCCGCUCAUCUCCACGCCGGUCGAUCUCUCCACCUACCUCGUCGAAUCAAUGUACGUCGGCUUCUCUUCCUCCACCAGCACCGUCACGAGCGCGCAGUACAUCCUCGGUUGGAGCUUCAGCAAAACCGGGGGAGAAGAACCCCCGCCGCUGGAUCUCCGCACCCUCCCAAUCUCUCCCCGCCCCGCCAAGCAGGCGAAGAAAUUAGGCACCGCGCCGACGGUCGUGCUCAUAAUCCUAGCCAUCUCCCUCGCGGGAAUCGCCAUGGGAGCUUACCUAAUUCGAUUGAGAAGGUACAGAGAGCUGACGGAAGAUUGGGAGAGGGAAUACAACACACAGCGCCUCUGUUACAAAGAUUUGUACCGAGCGACCCACGGGUUCAAAGAGAAGGAGGUUCUCGGGUCGGGCGGGUUCGGCAAAGUCUACCGAGGAAUCCUCCCUAAAUCCAAGCUCGAAGUCGCCGUAAAGCGAAUCUCCCACGAUUCGCGGCAGGGGAUGAAGGAGUUCGUGGCGGAGAUCGUGAGCAUGGGGAGGCUCCGGCACCGGAAUUUGGUACACUUGCUAGGUUACUGCCGGCGGAAGGGCGAGCUGCUUCUUGUCUACGACUACAUGCCCAACGGCAGCCUGGACAAAUUCCUCUUCACCGAAGACAAACCAAUUCUGAAUUGGAGCGAAAGGUACAAAAUCCUGAGAGGCGUAGCCUCAGGGCUUCUCUACCUCCACGAGGAAUGGGAGCAGGUGGUUCUCCACCGCGACAUCAAAGCAAGCAAUGUACUGCUCGACGCCGAUCUCAACGGCCGGUUAGGCGAUUUCGGGCUGGCCAGGCUGUACGAUCACGGCACGAACCCGCAGACCACGCACGUGGUCGGGACCGUGGGUUACCUGGCUCCCGAGCUUUCGCGGCUCGGGAAGGCCACCACGGCGACGGAUGUGUACGCAUUCGGAGUGUUCAUGCUGGAAGUCGCCUGCGGGAAGCGCCCGAUCGACACGCAGGCGCUUCCGGAGGAGAUGAUCCUGGUGGACUGGGUGAUUGAUUGCUGGAAGCGCGGGGCGAUUUGGGAAGCAGGGGAUCCCAAGCUGCAAGGCGAAUAUGUCAGGGAGGAGAUGGCAGCGGUGCUGAAACUGGGGCUGUACUGCUCCCACAACAUGCCGGCGUUCCGCCCCAGCAUGAGGCAGGUGAUGCAGUACCUUGAUGGUGACUGCAACUUGCCCGACGUGCCCCUCGAGAGCUCGGGGAUCGGGGCGUUUGCGAUGGGAGGGAGGGAGACGUCGGAGUUCGUCAUGUCGUCGUCGUUUCCUUCGUCCGUCGUUGGUAAGGACUACACCACCGUCACUUCGUUGUCUAGUACGGAUUCUGUACUCAACGACGGCCGGUGAAAUGAAGGGACCUGUGUGUGUGUGUGAGAUUUUUUGUUCGAUAGUACUGAGUUUAAAUUCUGUGUACAGAAUUCAUACAUUCAAAAGCGUACUCCCGGGGCAAAAUGAAGCUCUCAUAUAAGC